CUUCAUGUCUCUGCAGAUGUAGACGAGUGUGCGCCGGAGUAUAACGGCGGCUGCGUCCACGAGUGCAUCAACAUCCCAGGAAAUUACAGAUGCACUUGCUACGAUGGUUUUCGCUUGGCACACGACGGGCACAACUGUCUGGAUGUGGAUGAAUGCGCAGAGGGCAACGGUGGAUGCCAACAGAUCUGUGUCAACAUGAUGGGCAGCUACGAGUGCAGAUGCCGAGAAGGAUUCCUUUUGAGUGACAACCAGCACACCUGCAUCCAAAGACCUAAAGCGCAACCAGAGGGCACAAAGGACGGACCCACCUGUAUGGACAAGAACCACGGCUGUGCACACAUCUGCAGGGAGACGCAGAAGGGUGGCAUCUCCUGCGAGUGUCGACCUGGGUUCCAGCUGACGCGUAACAUGAAGGACUGCAAAUUGACCUGUAACUAUGGCAAUGGAGGCUGCCAACACAUCUGUGAGGAAACAGACCACGGCCCCAAGUGUUCGUGCCACAUGAAGUUCGUCCUCCACAGCGAUGGAAAGACUUGUGUAGGGGAGAGGAGUGUCCAGUCCCCGGCAGCCCCACAGCUGUUCCCUAAUGAGACCUGUGCGGUGAACAAUGGCGGCUGCGAUAGCACCUGCCAUGACUCGGUGACGGGCGUCCGCUGCAGCUGUCCUGUUGGCUUCACCCUGCAGCCGGACCGCAAGACCUGUAAAGACAUCGACGAGUGCCGUCUGAACAACGGAGGGUGUGAUCACGUGUGCCGUAACACGGUGGGCAGUUUCGAGUGCAGCUGCAAGAAGGGCUACAAGCUUCUGACCAGAACCCGUAUCUGUGCAGAUAUCGACGAGUGCUCCUUUGAUCGGGCCUGCGACCACUUCUGUGUCAACUCUGCCGGCAGUUUCCAGUGCCUUUGUCAUAAAGGCUACGUCAUUUAUGGCCUGGCUCACUGUGGAGAUAUCGAUGAAUGCAGUAUAAACCGUGGAGGCUGUAAGUAUGGCUGCGUCAACACACUGGGGAGCUACGAGUGUACCUGUCCACCCGGGUACAAGCUGCACUGGAACAGGAAAGACUGUGUUGAGCUGGUUAAAUGUCCUGCCGGAAUACUGGCGCCUAAAGCCACACUGACGUGUAGCAAGACGGGCAAGAAAGAAAGCUGCUCUCUCACCUGUGCCUCCAAAGCUCACUACCUGGCAGAGUCCGACAACAGUUACUCGGUCAGUUGUGGUAUUCCGAUCCUCAGAGGGAAGUCUCCCGUCAGGCUGAACUCCAGCAGCAGCCAGGGCUGCAUAGAGACUUUGGCUCCGCCAGUUAAACAAACGGCAUCUUUUAAAAUUAAAAAUGCUAAAUGUCACCUGCACCCUAAAGUGACCGGCAGGACGGAGGACAGGGGCCGGACACUAGGACCAGGAGGAGGGCAGCCCUGCAGCAACUGCCUUGUAACAUUUGUCAACCUCAAAUGUGACUCCUCCAAAAAGGCCAAAGGUCGGCGUGCUCGUAACCCCAGCAACAAAGAGGUGACGCGCAUAACACUGGAGCUGGAGGCAGAGGUCAAACCCGGGGACACCACAGGCAGCUGUAAUUUGAGCUGCCUGAGACAACGGAUGGAGAAGCAGGUGAAGACGUACAUCAAGGCACUGAAGAAGUCCAUCAAUCAGGAGCGUUUCCUGAUCCGAGUGGCCGGUUUGGAAUAUGAAGUCGCCCAAAAACUUCCUCAGGCUGCUUCCAUCCAGGAGAACUGUGGACCAGGCUGGGAGAGGGAAGGAGGUCGAUGUGUCAGAUGUGCCUCAGGGUCUUACUACCACGGAGAGCAGGAGCGAUGUGUCCCGUGUCCACCGGGCACUUUCCAGGAGAAGGAGGGGCAGCUGGCCUGCGACCUCUGCCCUGGAAGCGAUGGCCACGGACCCGUCGGGGCGAGAAACAUCUCGUCCUGCGCAGGCCAGUGUCCGACAGGAUCUUUCUCCAGCGAUGGUUUCAAACCUUGUCAGCCGUGCCCUCAGGGCACGUACCAGCCCGACCUGGGGCGCACUCUGUGCUUCCCCUGUGGGGGAGGCCUGGGCACUAAGCGGGAAGGAGCCAGCUCCUUUCACGACUGUGAGGUCAAAGUGCAGUGUUCUCCGGGUCACUACUACAACACCACGGUGCACCGGUGUAUUCGCUGCCCGGUGGGAACCUAUCAGACGGAGUUCAGACAGAACUACUGCAUCUCCUGUCCUGGGAACACCACCACCGACUUCGACGGAGCCACCAGUGUGUCACAGUGCAAGAACAGGCAAUGCGGUGGCGAGAUGGGCGAGUUUAUGGGCUACAUUGAGUCACCAAACUACCCUGGUAAUUACCCCGCUAACGUGGAGUGUAUUUGGAACAUCAACCCACCCAGCAAACGCAAGAUCCUAAUUGUGGUUCCGGAGAUUUUCUUGCCCUCUGAGGACGAGUGUGGAGACGUGUUGGUGAUGAGGAAGAACUGGUCAGCUACCUCCAUCACCACCUACGAGACCUGUCAGACGUACGAGCGGCCAAUCGCCUUCACCGCCCGCUCCAGGCGUCUGUGGAUUAACUUCAAGUCCAAUGAGGCCAACAGUGCCAGGGGCUUUCAGAUCCCCUAUGUGACCUAUGAUGAGGAUUAUGAACAGCUGGUGGAGGACAUAGUGCGAGAUGGACGACUGUACGCUUCAGAAAAUCACCAAGAAAUCCUCAAGGAUAAGAAACUGAUUAAGACUCUGUUCGAUGUGCUGGCUCAUCCAAACAACUACUUCAAGUACACCACUCGGGAGUCCAACGAGAUGCUGCCUCGCUCCUUCAUACGCCUCAUAAGCAGCAAAGUCUAUGCUUUCCUGCGACCAUACAACUAGAAAGGUCACACACCUGCUAACGCAUCAGACCCCGACCCCGACCCUGACCCUGACCCCCGCCCCCCUCCUCUCUGCCUUAUAGGCCACAUCUCACAGCUCCUACAGGGUUUAGGAAACAUACAUCAUUCUAUCAUAUCUCUCAUUUACAUUGGCUUUGAUAAUAAACACUAUGCAGACCUGAAAAUACUGCACAUUAAUAAAGGUUUAGUUUUAGUUUUUUUGAAUUUUUUUUUUUUUUAAUCAUUUCCAGCGCAGGUCUGCGGUGUCGAGCUCAAACCUUCAGUGGGGAUGUAGAAUAUAUGAGUGGACUUGUUACAUUAAACCAAGCCACGCACGGGGGGAGGGAAACAAUACACAGGAGGGUGAGUGUGCAGUUUGAGCUUGAUAGAACUUGUUAUCGUAUUUACUUAAAUGAGUGGUCUGAGUUCCAACCAUCAAGUAUGUCUGUAAGUGUUGUGUAAAUGUUGUGUAACCCAAAUCUACGUCUGUGUGCUGUCCUCAAGGAGGAGCAGUUGUUGAACUCAAUUAUGUCGCAGCUGCAUUCCAGGUCAUUUAAAGCCUUACUUUAUCUGAGCUCUUAGAGCGAUUUCCAAGAGUUUUACUGUUAAAACAGUUAAUUUGUGUUUCACUUUUUUUUUCUCAACCUUAGUAUAAGAAUGUCUGUUGCUCUUCUUUACACAAACUUUAAGCAAAAAUGGAAAGAAAAAAAAUUCAAAACGUCGGGAACACAGUGAACAUUUGGGACAUGAUAACAAACUAAUAAUUUUAAGAGCCACAGAAAUGAAAUAAUGUGAUGUAUAGUGGAACACGUCUCGAUGAGAGAGAGAGAGAGGAAGAGGGAGAGACAGAGAGAAAUGUCUUUGAGGGACAUUAUGUUUGCUGCUUCUUUUGAAAGGUCACUUUAAUAUUUCAAUCUCAUUUUGUCUUUCCGUUGUGUUUUACACACUAAUCGUCUAUAGCUUAAUUCCAGGAAUCACAAAUAUGACAGAUACUUUCACACAGUAAAUGAAUAGUCUCACAUUUGCCGGUCAGUGGACUUCAAAACUUAUUGUGUUUUAUUUCAAUCUUGUAAAUAAUGGAAUGACGAGGGUUGAAUUCUUUUAAUCCUAUUUUUUUUUACGCAGGAUGCCCCGCCCCCAAUCCAAAAAAUUGAUUUUUUUUUUUCCGCUCGUCUCAAACCCAAAGACGUCCGGCGCCCCCUGCAAACAUCCCAUUCACAUUUUAUCGUGUCCCAAAAAAAAAAAAGACAGCUCUUCCAAAGACUGCCCCUAGAGGGCGGGUCCAGUCGUUGUGUGCACUAGUAUUAGAGCCCAUCAUCUUACUUUUUAAGUACAAAGUGCAAUGAAUGAAGAUGACACAGUGGGUUUGGUUGCACACUGUUGUGACCCACAGGUUGUGACCCACAGGUUGUGACCCACAGGUUGUGACGUGUUAGUGUGGGCUGCAGUCUUGUCGAGACUCGUAUUUAAUAUGUGUCACUAUGGGCAGAAUGUGUUUAGGAUUCCCAGGACUCUUAAUCGGCAAACGGAGGAAAAAAAAAACGUGAAAAUGAAAAUGUGAUUUUAAAUAUGAUAUUUGGUGUUUUGUUUUUUUUUUAAGAAAAAAAAUAUAUGUAUGUUGUGAUUUCGUAACAGUGACCAAAACAGGGUGAAAUAUUUAUGUUUAGUGAAUCCCAGCACUGCUUCAUGUUGUACCUGGUGAAGUAGUUAAAGGAGAAAUCUGUCUGUUUUCAACACAGCACUUGAGUUCGAAGAAGUCGCAGUAUUUUGUCGGUACGAAAAAACAGGAACAUUUGGUUCUGUAUACACUCUGUUGUCCUGAUCAUAGUGGAGGGUGGGGUGCGCUGAAAAGGAGCGCUAAUGGUUAAUGCUAGUCCACUUCAAUUCUUUCAACCAUUACAUAUAUAUUUCAAUAUACAGUCCAUUAAAAGACACCUGUUCAUGUUGCAUUGCACUUGUAAUGUUAUUUUGAGCAGUGAACUAGCAUUGAAAAAAAAAUCUUAAGCCUAUGAAGUGUGCUCGUUAGAGCUGUGCUGCAUCUAGUAGCCAGUAUUUACGAUUAGUAUUUGUAGCACGUGAACCAAAUGUUUGUGUUUUCUUGUACUAAUUUACUGUCUUUAAACACCAGCGCUGUGUGAUGAAAACGCAGUUCCCUAGAUUAGAAUAGAGUCUUGUCGUUUUGGAAAAAACACUUCUGUGCUUAUUCGUCUGCAACGGUUUCAUUGGUCGUGUCACGUCUGGAUAAGAAACGUACUUUGUGCACAAAGUGUGGAAAGAGACGGACGUUGUUGAUGGGAGAAUUACGCCCCGGUAUAAAGAAAUCGCGCCGUCUACAACCAUUAACCACAGAUUUGGUUAAUGAUUGGAAUUAAAUUCGAAAAAAAAAAAUCGACUAAAAUUACAGAACCAUAUUGUCAGAUCCUCAAUUCAAAUCCAAGUAUCCCUAGAACCAUUCAUGUUUUAUCAAAGUUAAUUUUCUGAGACUGGAUGUCAGUGCCAUGAAAUAAAAAAAAAACACUUCAUGUCCAAUAUAUCAGUACACAUCUUUUAAAUAUCUAACAUGAUUUACAGAUUUAAGCACAUGAAUCCCACCUUCUCUUCGCCCCCCCUCCCUAGCCCCGCCCCUCCUUUUCUGACCGCAAUCAUCAACCUUCCUUCCUGCAACCUGUAGUUUUUUUAAUUGUUGCCUUUUAACAAGAGUUUGCUAUGAUGUAUCAUAGAGUUGAUAAUGAUAUUUGCACUUGAAUUGUUAUUGCUCAUGUAAAGAAAUGUCUGGAUUUUGUAUUGUCUUUUUAAAAAAAAAAAAAUGAAUGGAAUUGGUGUUCUUAUGUUCUCGUAGCUUGU